AUGGCUGUCGAAACCGAAGCUGCAGCUGUUCCCGAAUUGGCUCUUGCUGAUACUGACAUCAAUUGGGGCAGGUUGGACAAGACAAAAUUUCAUAUUAUUGGUGCUGCCCUCUUUACUUUUCAGCAAGGCUUACUGCAUCCAACAGCAGUUGUGAAGACUAGAAUGCAAGUAGCAGAUUCUGGGCUCUCUCACAUGGGUGGAGUAUCUGUAGCUAAACACAUAUUGAGGAAUGAUGGUAUUCCAGGUCUUUUUCGAGGUUUUGGCACCUCUGCUGUUGGAGCAUUGCCUGGUAGAGUUCUUUAUUUGACAGCACUUGAAGUGUCAAAAGAUAUGAUGUUGAAAUACACCAAAGGUUUAGACAUGCCUGAAGCAACAUGUAUCGGCAUUGCAAAUGGAGUUGCAGGCAUGCUGUCAAACCUAGUUUCUUGUGUGUACUAUGUGCCCUUGGAUGUGAUAUGCCAAAGACUAAUGGUGCAAGGGCUUCCUGGGGCUACAUCUUAUAAUGGGCCAUUUGAUGUCAUGCGUAAAGUGAUAAAGACUGAAGGGUUUCGUGGUUUAUUUAGAGGUUUUGGAUUAACAGCUGUAACCCAGUCACCGGCAUCUGCACUUUGGUGGGGUACUUAUGGUACUGCCCAGCACAUCAUUUGGAGGAGCAUGGGUUAUAGGGAUGAUACGGACAAGAAGCCAUCUCAUCUGGAAAUGGUGACAGUUCAGGCUACAGCAGGAACAGUGGCUGGUGCUUGUUCCUCAAUUAUCACUACUCCUGUGGAUACCAUAAAGACACGGCUGCAGGUUAUGGAUAAUUAUGGUGCUGGAAGACCUUCUGUACUCAAGACAACGAAGACUCUCCUCAAGGAAGAUGGAUGGUGGGGCUUCUACAGAGGGUUUGGACCUCGUUUCUUAAACAUGUCGUUCUAUGGAACUACAAUGAUCGUUACCUAUGAACUGAUAAAUUAUCUAUCAAGCAAGGAUGAAAGCUCAAGGUGGAUAAGUUAUCGCAAAUCUUUACACGAGGCAAUGUUGACACAGUUAGGAGAAUUUCUAGGAUUUGACAAGUACCCUGUGUCUGUGACCGUCCACGUAAAGGAAAUUGUGGCAAGGACAGCUCAUCGUGCAAAUAAAGAUAAUAGCAACAAUUCAGGGAAAGGCGAGAUGGGGCUCUCAAUCUCGAAAAUACUUGGCCGAUUGUUUUCGAAGAAAGAAAUGAGAAUUCUGAUGGUAGGUCUCGAUGCUGCUGGUAAAACCACAAUUCUUUACAAGCUCAAGUUGGGAGAAAUUGUCACUACCAUCCCUACCAUUGGAUUUAAUGUGGAAACCGUGGAAUAUAAGAAUAUUAGCUUCACUGUUUGGGAUGUUGGUGGUCAAGAUAAGAUUCGCCCUCUAUGGAGACAUUACUUCCAAAACACGCAAGGGCUUAUCUUUGUUGUUGACAGCAAUGACCGAGAUCGAGUUGGUGAGGCUAGAGAUGAGCUGCACAGGAUGUUGAAUGAGGAUGAGCUGAGGGAUGCUGUGCUCCUUGUGUUUGCAAAUAAGCAAGAUCUUCCAAAUGCAAUGAAUGCUGCUGAGAUUACUGAUAAGCUUGGUCUUCAUUCUCUAAGACAACGCCAUUGGUAUAUCCAGAGCACAUGUGCCACUUCAGGAGAAGGGCUUUAUGAAGGAUUGGACUGGCUCUCAAACAACAUUGCUAGCAAAGCUUAG